GCCCCGAACACACUCAAGUUCCAGCGAUCGCCACAGAGGGCGAAAAGUCAACCGCGGCACGUUCCAGCCCGAAGUGCUUGUUGCGUCGACAGUGCCAAGGUCGUCUGAUAUGAAGACCGCCGUGGUGUUUGUGCUGGCCGCCUGCCUCGCGGCUGUGGCGAUGAGCGCUGGAGGCCGGGCUUCUUCGCGCCGUGAAGAAUUCACCAGAUGGAGACAGUGCAUGGCUGAAAAGCUGCCGACUGACAAAGCACAGGAGUACGAAAACUGCCGCAACCACUCCCGUGGCACUGAGAUGCGCAAGUUCAGACAGGGUCUGGAGUGCGUUCUGAAAAGCUACAACCUCGUACAAAGGAACGAUGUCGACUUGAACCGCAUGAGGGAGCUGGCUCAGAAUGUCACAAAGCCGGAACUGAGGGCUGCUUUUCAAGAGUGCCCCCAGGAUGAACACAACAGCAAAGUCGCAAAGGCCGUGAAGUGCGUCAUCGACCACCUCGAGACGUCCUGCCCUGUACCUGCCGGUGGAGACAGGGAGUAAAGACUGGCAUCGUUGUGACGUCAGACUUCCCAUUGGAUAACCACUGCACAUCGAUCAACAAGUAAACUCGUGUUGUGGUGCUUGCUAUUAUCUUUAAUACCACAAGUGCUAAUAGAAGAAGCGCUCUACCGAAAAAGUUAUCAAACCGAACGGACAAGACUGCAAUUUUUUCCAAUGCAAAUAAAAAAAAAAUGUUACUUACAGACUGUGCUGGUAUUGUCAUCA